AGGUCCCGCCGUAUCUUAACAUGUCUUCCGGAGGCAUCUUUGAUAAAAACUGGGUCCCUCUUCAUCCCUCCGCCGGACCGUAUACACCCCCUCCCUCGAGGCCGACGGAGGAGGAGGAUUAUGGCUUCAAACCCUCCUGGGCCAUAGACCCUAUCACCCAAAACGCCCCGGAUCAACCUACUCCCACCUUCACGGCGCCAAUGCACCUGAAACCGCUAUUCGGUCCCGCACCCGAGACCAACCCACCGGGCCUCAAAGUCGCUCAGAAAUCGACCAUUACCGCUAACGCUAAACCCCAAACGUCAUCCGUAUUAAAGGCGGGUUCCCCGAACGAAUUCAGUAACUUUGAUUAUGCGGCUAUGGGCUUAGUCGCUGGUGUCUGGAUGGGCGCCGAUCUAGUCUACAGAGGAAUCAAGUCCACAUUACAUUACGCUGGGUAUGUUGCUGCUGAAGCGAUCACUAGUGGGAGGCAAAUCGUCAAAGGUGGGCGAGUGGCGAAAGCGAGGGUAAGGAGGGCUCCCAGACAUGAUCCGCUAUCGAGGGCCAAGCGACAGAGGACUCCUAAGAAGGAUGGCAAGGGGCAGAGUAUGCUAGACCUUCCUCCCCAUUAUGUUGGGGCCACACCGUAAGCCACCUCAGUUAAUUACCCCGGUCACCUAGUUCGUAGAGAUCUAAUGGCGCUCUAUGCAAUCUAGACAUCGCAUGCGCAACGAGCGGGUUUUACCAAAGAAAAAAAUGUUACCGGCACCAUCACCGUUGGAAACACCCCAGCCCAAGAAGCGAGCGCCGAGAUCGGCCGAAACGGCGAAGAAGGUCCGGUUUGCGGAAGAGGGAUCUAGCACUCCCAAGGGCACAACAUCCCUUUACGGAGCUCUGGAUACUCCCGCUCUUAUUCGAGAAACACCAGCGGCUCUCCGGAAGCCUUUGACUGUUCGCGAGGAAUUCAGGAAAAAUUUCAAGAAGACCGAGUUCGCCCCGUGGGUUGACUUUCUCCACUCACAAGGGAUCAAGAUGCGGGUAUUCCGGACAGAAUUGCAGGAGAAUCUAUCGUUACCCACCGAUGCGAUUCUUAAAGUUUAUGACGACCGAGUGAAUAACCCGAAGCAUUGGGACACCCUGAUUUUGGCCCUGAGCCACAAUGGAUUUUUAGAAAGGAUGAGAGUUGCCGUGCCGAAAUACAAAUACGGUCCUCCACCAAUCAAUUGGCAAGAAGUACGAGAGAAAAAUCCCGUCAAGAUCAAUUGGGAAAGCCCUUAUCAACAACAAGACGGCUGUUGCCGAUUCUGCCGGGGAUUCUCAUGGGCAGGAAGGGUUGAGACCCGGGAAAUUGCUAGGUUUGGUGAUGAAGUUGAGUCCAAACCUCAGCACAAGUCCGUCGUGCCAUACACCGAAAGAGAAAAGGAGGAGUUCGCGAAUAAUGUCUUCGAUUCUUUUUGGAGACGCUGUUGCCAGGAGUCCCGCUGGGACUGGCUGUUCGAAGAACCGCAAAUAUCUAGCACAUCUCCCGAAGCUUGGAAAAUCCCAAAAUCCGAUCCUAGGCUUCGUCACUUUCGUCGAUUUAAGGGCCCCAAAGGUAACGCACAUGGGGGGUUGACACUGGCCGACAAUGACCUCUUGAAGGAAUUGGAAACGCUUAGGGACAGCCUCUCAAGACAGGACACUGCCGCAAAGGUAUUCAUCGAUGCUGUUCUCAAAUCGGGAAACCACGAGUUGGCGCAAGACCUCGCCAGGGUCGACGGGGAACGCAAACGGCGUCAGGUGCAUACUGAAAUGCUCUGUGUUCGCCAGGUCAGGUUGUUAGUGGGAGGGUCCCCGACCCGGCACAACGAGGAGCAAGAUCUGGUGGAGAGCAUGCCGGCGAAAGGGCGAAAGCUCAGGUUUUCCCCGGACGCUGUUGGCGAAGACGGGGAUCUAGCUUCCGCGAGUGAUUCCCCAUCCAAAAUUGCCAGCAACGGUGCCCGAAUGCCUCUCAGUUUAAAACGCCAUGCAAUCGGCUCCAAAAACACUUCGUCGGCUAACCGGCGGCGCUCAAAACGCUCCACCAGUCCGGAUAAGCCUACUGAAUCUUUCAACCCUGACGAUCUCAAGAAGUGGAACAAAGAGCCGGAGAUCCUCGAUGAGUGGUCUAGGUUUCAAGAAUACCGGGCAAGGAAAAAAGAGAGCCGAAUGCACCUGGUGGGACUGAAUACCUUUGGAAGCGAUCCCAAUGCCGGCCUAGACCCCGAAGAGAUUGCAGAGAGGGAAUACGAACUCGGUCAACAACUCUGGGCCGAGUUUCAAAAAGAGCUCGAGUACCUAAAGGAAGAGGAAAAGAUAGAUGAGAAAACCAAAGUGGAAAAGGAAGCCCGGUCGAAAGUCGAGGCUGCAUCGGCAGCUGCAACUAAAAUCAAAAUGGACGAACAAGAGCGAGAUAAGAGAUCGGAUGCUACAAACCAGAGAGCUUAUAGCGAGACUGUGCCGGCCGGUAUGAAUUUUCCACAUCCCGUGGCUCUCCCCACAAUUUGGGCGGAGGCAAUUAACGAUGGAAAGGUUUACCGCAAAAUCCAUAGCCAGCAGCCGCAAAAGCACCUCAUUAUGACCUGGCCCGUGGAGCCGUUGUUGAAUUCCUUGAUGCGCGACAGCGCUCCGCAUCCCCGACCAUUGAGAUAGGAGUGGACUACGCUGAAAGGGCGGAGAUGGUACAUCCGCAGUCAUAAGGACACAGCAACACCUCCCCAACAGCCACCCUUCAAUUUUCGACCGUUUUAGCAAAUAACGACGAUAUGCCUUGCCCACUGGAGUUGUCUUUUUCUAUUUUUUUCGUUUUUUACUUUUUUCUUUCUCUGAGGAGCACUGGCCCAGCUAUUUUCUGGAACACCAGGGGUAUGGCUACGAUUGCGGGGGAUAUGUCUUUUCUUCUAGAGUACAGCAUUUAGCAUUACGAGUCGACCUGUGGGCACGAUUACUGUCCGGUCGCCCUGUCCCCGGUGGAGUGGAUUUGUUUAGUUGAUGGCUACGAUUCUUGUGUAUACUUUUCCUAAAGGGGCCUUCUUUCUCUUCUCAUUUUUUUUUUCUUCCUUUUGGUCAGGCAUUUUAUGUGGCGAAUUGGAUUUGUGUUCUUGUCAUACCUCUGAAAAGGUUUUUUUCCAAAAAAAAAAGGUGGGGGCCACUUCCGAAUAGGCCAUCCAUUGUUUCUUCGGGCUGCAAUACUGGGCUGCAAUACUAUGCAAGUAUCGACAGAUAUCCUUUGUCCCUGGUAUUCUCCGGUGAUGAGAUUGUUGUAGGUAUCGUGGGGGGCCGGUUGAUGGAUAAAUGAAGCGGGCUAGAAUUCGUUUCUUGCUCUCACUUAGGUACGGAGGAUGAGUCCCUCUGGAACCUGUGCACGGCCUCUAGAGACUCAAGUCCGUACUAGUGCAGAAGGAUACUACAGUGCCCGGUAAUUAGGGGACUCUUUCAAUAGUGAGGAUCAUUCACGUGACACUUUAUACCAGUAUUAAAACAAUACCAAGCACAGGACGAGAUCUCCUGUUCGAUGCUCACACCUUGAUAUAGAAUUUCGAGCAAUAUACCAGGAUGGGUGCUAAACCUCGGUG